AUGUUUGCUGCUUCUGCUCGAAGCCGUCUCUCCACCUUGUCAAGGCAUCGGCUCCCUCCGACACAACUACUCGCCCGCUCGACACUUGCUAUGGCUCCUAGACGAAAGGCCUCUUCAGUCCCCGAGGGAUACAAAGAGGAUGUCUCAAAGGGCAAAAUGCUCCGUUUUGAGGACUCUCUGCCCCGUCUUCCCGUCCCAUCCCUCGAGGAGACAGGCCGCCGCUACUUGAAGUCUGUUCACCCCUUAGUCUCCGAGGCAGAGUACGAACGCACAAGAAAGGCAGUCGAGGCCUUCAUUCGUCCCGGUGGUGAAGGUGAACCCCUGCAGAAGCGAUUGCUGGAGCGCGCGUCCAAUCCCAAGAUCAACAAUUGGCUCGCCGAAUGGUGGAACCAGGCCGCCUACCUUGCCUAUCGGGAUCCUGUCAUUCCCUACGUCUCCUACUUCUACUCCUACCGUGAUGACCGUGAACGUCGAGACCCGGCCAAGCGUGCGGCCGCUAUCACUACCGCGGCCUUGGAGUUCAAGAAGCAGGUCGAUGACGGCUCACUCGAGCCGGAGUACAUGCGCGGCCAGCCCAUGGCCAUGAGCUCUUACCAGUACAUGUUCAACUGUUGCCGUAUCCCUGCGGAUGGCGAGGACUUCCCCCGCAAGUUUUCCGCUACGGAAAACCACCACAUUGUGGUCGCUCGCAAGAACAACUUCUUCAAGGUGCCGUUGGUUGUGGAUGGGCAGGCCUUGAAUGUAUCAGAGCUGGAGCAGCAAUUCAAGCAUAUCAUCGAGACUGCUCAGCCUGCUCCCCCAAUUGGAGCGCUGACUGUGGCAGACCGUGAUCACUGGACCGCUGCUCGUAAGAAGCUUGUCGCUGCCGACCCGGCCAAUGAGCAGGCUUUGAAGGAUAUCGAAUCUGCCGGUUUCAUCAUUUGCUUGGAUGAUGCGAAGCCUGUGACUCUGGAAGAGCGCGCUCACCAAUACUGGCAUGGAGAUGGAGCCAAUCGCUGGUUUGAUAAGCCCUUGCAAUUCAUUAUCAACGAAAACGGUACUGCCGGUUUCAUGGGUGAGCACAGUAUGAUGGAUGGUACUCCAACUCACCGUUUGAACGACCAUGUCAACAAUCUUAUUGUAAAUAAGCGCAUCGACUUAUCUGCCAAGUCUGUGCGUUCACAGCUGCCUGACCCCAAGCCUAUCACCUUCCACUUGAACGAGGAGGCUCACGAGGCCAUCGAUAUUGCGGCCCAGUACCACCGCAAACAGAUCGCCUCCCAUGAGCUGGUUGUACAGGCCUUCCAGGGCUAUGGUAAGGGUCUGAUCAAGAAGUUCAAAUGCAGCCCCGAUGCCUAUGUUCAAAUGGUCAUCCAGCUUGCCUACUUCAAGAUGUAUGGCAAGAACCGACCCACCUACGAGUCUGCCUCCACUCGUAAGUUCCAAGAAGGCCGUACUGAGACCACUCGUACUGUAUCCAACGAGAGUGUCGCCUUUUGCAAGGCAUUCCACGAUCACACCGUGCCCCGUGAGGAGGUUGUCAAGCUCUUCCGUACUGCACUUUCCCAGCACACCAAGUACACCCUUGAGGCCAGUGACGGUCACGGCGUUGACCGUCACCUUUUCGGUCUGAAGAAGCUUCUUCAGCCUGGUGAGAAGCUUCCUGCCAUCUAUGAGGAUCCUGCCUAUGCCUACUCCGGUUCUUGGUACAUUUCCUCUUCCCAGUUGAGCUCGGAAUACUUCAAUGGCUACGGAUGGAGCCAGGUCAUUGAUGAUGGAUUCGGUAUUGCCUACAUGAUCAACGAGAACAGCCUCAACUUCAACAUUGUCUGCAAGCGUCUUGGUGCCCACCGUAUGAGCUACUUCUUGAAUGAGGCUGCUUCUGAGCUGCGCGAUGUCCUUAUGCCUGACCUGGCUGCCCAGAGCGAGAAGGCCAAGCUGUAG